AUGAUCGCCUCUAAAAAAUUCAGCCCGGCUUUGCUUGCUUUCACGGCCAGGAUUGUGGAAAAUUUUGGUGCAGCCGGAUUCACAGUCGUGAAGUACUACAUGUUCGACAUGGAGAAAGAGGAAGCUUUUGCGGCCGACUACAAGAUGACGCUUCAUAAUUUUAAGUUUCUCACACUUGAUGAACAUGUUCAUUUUAAUGAAACCGCUGUAAUAUCGAUUGAUGAAGAUGAUGAACAUGUUGAUUUUGGAGAUGGAAGUGUAGUUGGGUCUUCCAAUCUGGAAAAAAGUGUAGUUGGGUCUUGCAAUCCAAAAACAAUUUCAUUAUUUGAGGAUGAACAUGUUCAUUUUAAUGAAACCGCUGUAAUAUCGAUUGAUGAAGACGAUGAACAUGUUGAUUGUAAUGAAACCCCGGUAAUAUCCAUUGAUGAAGCCAAUAAUUCUGUGGUUGAAACGGGUGAAGGCGCAGAGAUCGAUGAUGAAAAAUUGCUUGGGAUGAAAUUUAAUUCCUUGGAAGAUGCUUAUGAAUUCUACAAUUCAUAUGCGAAGAGACAUGGUUUUGGAGUUAGAAAAUUCAGGUCAAGAAAGAAGAAAGAUGAUAUUGUAUAUUGCAAACAAUUUUGUUGCAAUAAGCAAGGGUUUAAAAGCAAAGUGGGCAAAGAGAGGAGUUAUACAAAAUUGGAAACGCGGGUUGGUUGCAAGGCAAUGAUUCAGCUUCUUUUUGAUGGUGCUAAUUGGAUAGUGGAACAAGAAGAGGAUCAACACAACCAUGAGUUAGUUCCAUGCAAUCAAGCCCGCUAUUUUCGCUCUCACAGGGAUAUGCCUUCGAAUGAUGUAGCAUAUUUGUCACAAUUAAAAGCUAGUGGAGUUGGUGUUACCGCUGGUUAUAGAGUUCUUUUGGAUCAAGCUCGUGGUAUUCAAAAUAUGCCAUAUACAAUAAUUGAUGCCCGUAACCACGUUGCAAAGCUUGAACGGAGAAUUUGGGAAGGCGGUGAUGCAAAUGGCCUACUUAAUAUAUUGAAAGAAAGACAGACCCAGGAAGAUGGAUUUUAUUUUAAUUAUGAUCUGAAUAAGGAAACAGCAUCAUUGUGUUCUAUUUUUUGGAGGGAUUCUCGCAUGAGGAAGGAUUAUGAGGUGUUUGGUGAUUUAGUUGUAUUUGAUACUACUUAUAGGACAGUUAAGUACAAUCUUGCAUGUGCUCCAUUUACAGGGAUGAACCAUCACAAGAGAAACAUUAUGUUUGGUGUCGGUUUUUUGCUUCAUGAGGACAAGAAUUCAUUUCAGUGGUUGUUGGAUGAAUUUCUGAAGUCAAUGGGUGGGAAGCAGCCUGCCACAAUAAUGACCGAUGAAGAUGCAGCCAUGGCAGCUGCAAUUCCAUUGGUGUUAACGCAAUCCCGACAUCGCUUAUGCACCUGGCAUAUUGACGAGAAUUCAAAAAAGCACAUUCAGUACCUUCGGAUAAUGCCCGGUUUCAUCAAUCUUUUUCAUUUUGUUUUGAGAUCAACGGACGCAAUACCAGAAUUCGAUUUUUAUUGGAAAAAGUGA